AUGGACAAAAAUUAAAUAUUUAACAGUAUGGAUAAGUAGUUAUAAUUGAACAAAAAUUUCAUUAUUUUUGCUGAUAUAGAUGUCUUACCUGAUUGUUUUGCUGAAGAAUAAUUUUAAUUAUUAUAACUAAUGAAUUCUAGUUUCAAAAUCGUUUAUUCAAUCUAAGCAAAUAAGCCUAUUAAAUCAUAAAAGCAAGGAAUUUAUACUGAAUCAAAAACUUUCCUAAUCUAUACCUAAUAUUCUCAAAAUAUAUCCAUCAUAGCAUUAUUCUCAUCUCAAUUUAAAAAUUAACAUUUUAUGCUGAUAAUUUUCAAUUUUAUUAUAACUAUUAAGUUUAUUCUAAAUGUGAUUUAAUUGUGGUUAAUUACUCUGAUAACUAUAUUAUAGGAAAGAUUAGUGCACAAGAAUACUUAGGAUGUUUAAGUAACUUUUUUUAUCCUUUAAUAAAAUUAUUUCAAUAUUGAUAUUAAACAAUCAAAAUUGAUUUGA